GAGUGACGCCUCACUGCUUCUUUCCUAUCUCUGCUACUACCACUGCGUUGGGGUUUCACCUGUCCAGAGAGAAAAUGAGCAACUCCGAGGAACCCAAAGUGACUACUGCUCCACACGUAGUGAAAGAAGAGCUCAUGGCAGCAGGGAAAUGGCUGAAGCUGGAGAAGACCACAUACGUGGACCGUGCUGGAAGCACCAGAGUCUGGGAGACAGUGAAAAGGACAACGAGGCAAACCAACACAGAGGCAGACGGUGUUGGAAUCAUCGCCCUGCUGAAGCGGACUCUCCACAAAGACUGCGUGGUGAUGGUGAAGCAGUUCCGUCCUCCCAUGGGAUGCUACACUCUGGAGUUCCCUGCAGGUUUGAUCGACGAGGGGGAAAGUGCAGAGGUGGCUGCAUUGAGGGAGCUAAAGGAAGAAACCGGCUACAAAGGGGAAAUAGCGGGAGUCACUCCAGUGACCUGUUUGGACCCCGGUCUGUCUAAUUCGACCACCCAGAUCGUCAUGGUCAACAUCAACGGAGACGAGGGGGAGAACAUCAACCCAACACAACAGCUCGGCGAAGGAGAAUUUGUUGAAGUCAUUCUCUUACCUCUUGAUGAAUUCCAGGUGAAAAUAGAUGAUCUGAUGAAGAAAGAAAAAAUCGUGGUGGACUCCAAAGUGUACAUCUUUGCAAUGGGGAUGGUUCAGGCCUUCUUUAAGCCGAGGGAGCUCCCCGUCCUGAAGCAGUGAGGGGAAACGUUCGGUUUCACAGGGCUCGCUACACAGGACUGGAAAAUCUGUAUUGAAAAAAAGAGGACUGGAAAAUUGUGAUAUGAACAGUCGUUGUUGCAUUGUGGUUUUAGACGCAGUGAAACCUCAUAUUUUAAUAUUUGUUUCUAUGAUGUAAAAUGACCUUCCAUAGAGCAAAAUGAAAGAAGAAGACACUAUUGCAACUUUGUGUGUUAAUCAAGCAUAACACAAAAAUCUGAUGAUAAAAUCAAAGUCUGGAAAAAGCCUUGGAUUUGGAAAGUGAACCUAUGAAGGAGCUCUGUUUAUGUACUGGCCCACUCUUUGCAGUCAGGAUGGAGGUACUAUUAAACACCUCAAGGACCGAAACAUACUCUGGUGGGGCCAGUCGUUUAAUUGUUUGCACACUUGAAAACAGAAUAUGUUUCAGCCUUUAGUCUCAAACGACUUACUUGACCAAUAAUUUCCUCUUUUUUUUUUUUAAAUGACGUGUAGUUUGAUGAGAAGCAAAUAUUAUUUUAGUGAUCGUAAAACAUUCCCAACAUACUGUUUUGCCGACUUAAUGGAAAGGACAAAUAAACCUCAAAACACUUUUUUCUGUAAAAAAAAUGACUACUGCCGAAGUACGAUGCAAUUCUUGCUUCAUCUAGUUCGGCGUAAUCUUUUUCUCGAGGAUAACUUUAAGCAAGCUCACAUCCUUGUUCUGGAUUUUGUCUAAAGGCAUCCUGGGAACAGAAGAAACACCUUAGAGGAAGUAGACAAGCUGUUAGUUACAAAAUAACACAUUAAUUGUGAUGAUAGUUACAUAUAGUAUUUGUUUGAUGUAUUAACAGAAUGAGGAGGGGUGUUGUUCCUUGUGUAGCUCAACUGUAAUGUACAACAGAUGCUGUCAUGAUAAAGGCAGUAACUGAUUAAUAGGAAACAAUAAAUGCUGUGCCUCCAACCCCAUGGUGCAAUUAACUUGACAUUAAUGCUGUACGUACACUAGCAACUACUGACCAAUAAAUACAUUUGAUACUACUUUUGCUUUCAA